CAAAUAGGACGAAACGCGCGUCCUCGAUUCCACUGCUAGCCACCAUCCAUCUUUGCUUAUAAUAGAAAGAUUACGUUGCGAAUGUUACCAACUUUAAAAAAAUGCAUUUCCUAAUUUGAAAUUUAUUUACAGUUAAAUAAGACUAAUAAUUUAGUUAAAACGUUGAGUUUAGCACCACUGCAAACACUUGCUUAAAAGUAUUAUUUCGUAGUUAAUAUCACCAUUCACUUGUUGAUAUGUAUUGUAAUUAUUAAAUUAUCGAAUAAAUCAUUCCAACAUUCAUCCUCAUGAAGUAUUGAGAGCGGUAGUUUAUAAUUUUGCCUAUACAAAACAAAACCCACACCAACUACUUCACCUGAUAUCGUAUAUGCAAACAUAUGAUUCUCUUGACAAAAUCUACACGUUUCCAAACUACUUAUCAAAAUAUCAUAAAAUUGUGAAUAUUUUCGACAGCAUGAACCUAUUAUAUAAUCGGAAUAGUACCUAUGUAGUUAAAACAUUCAACUUUUAGCCACUAAAACUCAUACUCGAUAAGUACCCUUCCAUGUCGCAUAAUUGCCUCUCACACUUGUGAUUUGGCUCUAAACCAAGUACAAGAAAAUGUCACUUAGUAAAUCAGUCGACUUAAAUAUAAUUGGGCUUUACUCAAUCAAUUCUUUUAGUCAAUAAUCAUACUGUGUUGUUCUCGUCUUUCAUGUAGCUAACAAUAUUUCGUUGUUAUCAAUGGUAGCUAAUUCAAAACUGCGUAUCGGUACACAUGAUGGACGAUUCCAUGCAGAUGAAAUACUUGCAUGUGCAAUGCUUAAACAUUUACCGGAAUACUCAAAUGCUGAAAUUAUACGCACAAGAGAUUCAAGUAUUUUGUCAACAUGUGAUAUCGUCGUUGACGUUGGCGGUGUAUUCAAUGCUGAAAAUCAUCUAUACGACCAUCAUCAAAGAGAAUUCAACCUUACUUAUAAAGAUUUUUAUCCGAAUUCUGAUUGGGAUAUAAAAUUAAGUAGUGCAGGUUUGAUAUACGUUCAUUUCGGUCGAAAAAUACUAAGUUGUAUACUUGGUAUAGAUGAAAAUACUAUGGAUCCAUUAGUGACGGCACUUUUUGAUAAGAUGUAUAGUUCAUUUAUUGUUGAGAUAGACGCUAUCGAUAAUGGUGUUCCGAUGGCAAUAACACCUUUAAGAUAUUCUAUGAAUACAUCUUUAAGUAGUCGAGUGAAUCGUAUGAAUCCAGCUUGGAAUCAAUUGGAUACAGAUGAAACUGUUUGUUUUCAUAAUGCAUUACAAUUAGUUGAUAAAGAAUUUAUUACAUUAGUUCAUUUCUAUGCUGAUACAUGGUAUCCAGCUCGUGAAAUUGUAUUAAAUGCUGUGAAAAAUCGAUAUUCCAUUGAUUCAUCUGGUACAAUAAUUUAUAUUGAAGGUACUGGAUGUCCUUGGAAUGCACAUUUUUUUGAAAUUGAAAAAUCUUUAUUAUUAAAUAAUGUAAAUGUAAAUGAAAUUGAAAAACAGAAUCAAAUUCUAUUUGUUAUUUAUCAACGUAAAGAUAGUACAUGGACUAUACAAGCUAUACCAUUGAAUGAGCAUAAUAAUUUUUCACAAAGACUUCCUCUACCUGAAAGUUGGAGAGGUUUACGUGAUGAACAGUUAAGUAGUAUUGUUGGGCUGCCUGAUUGUAUAUUUGUACAUUCUACUGGGUUCUUAGGUGUACAUAAAACUCGUGACGGUGUUCUACAAAUGGCAAGAUUAACCAUAAAAAUGAAAGAAAAUCAGUAACUUCUGUUCUCUUUUAUCAUUAUCUGUUUUUAUCCUGGUUCCUAAAGCUAAAAAAUACACGUAUAUGCUUUUUGAAAUCUCCUUCUUUUCAUCUUUUAAAGUAUGAUAGCGGGAGGGGUUUACUAACUGGAUGAUCGAUCUCAAAGUAUAUAAUUGGAACAGUUACUUACUGGUUAAAGCAAUUGGCUUUAACUAAAUGUUUCAACCACAUUCUGUUUACAAUGGCCUAGGCAGUCGGAUAUUAUCACUGAAAUGCACACAAUUCGUAUUAAUUAUCAAAAAAUCAAUUACCAGAUACAUAUUCAUGUAUUUUACAUCAAGACACCCGUAGUGGGCGAGGUAGUGAUACUUAUUUGGUUGUUCAGACUGGAAUGUGUAGGGCGUGAUUCAAGCCUGUAACUACUAAGCUAUCAACCAUUAAGGCGACCAAAUGAACCUGGAGUUCGUUGUCAAGCUACAUUAUUCACAUAACUAGACGACAAGAACUAGAAAGCUGAAGAUCUCAGCUGGGUAUUUAAGUUGGCUUUUUCGUUUCACAUCAAAUUUCCUCAAUAUUGUGUAUUUUGUUAUCUAUCCUGGAGUUGAAUUAAUUGUAAACACUUUUGUCUUAAAACCAUUAAAUUUAGU